UUUAGAUGCGUCGUUCUGUUCUCAUUCUCUCAACUUGCGCUCUCAUUGCUCUCGGUCAAGACUGGGGAGGAGGUGGUGGAUACGGAGGCGGCGGUGACAUGGGAGGAUAUGGUGGUGGAGGAUACGGUGGAGGUGGUGAUAUGGGAGGAGGAUAUGGUGGCGGAGGUGACAUGGGAGGAGGCGGCUAUGGAGGUGGCGGAGACAUGGGAGGAGGAUACGGAGGAGGUGGUGACGGCGGAUAUGGUGGCUACGGAGGUGGCGGAUACGGAGGAGGUGGUGAUAUGGGAGGCGGCUACGGAAUGGGAGGAGGAGGCGGUGGAGAUGGUGGAUACGGAGGUGGUGGCUAUGGAGGCAACAUGGGAGGAGGAAACAUGGGAGGUGGUGGUGGAUACGGAUCCUACCAAGGAGGACCACAACAACCAAUGGGAGGACAGCAAGGAGGUUAUGGUGGACAACCUUACGGAGGUGGCGGACAAGGAGGAUGGCCACCAAUGCCAAACUAAACAAUGUCGUCUACUUGAUGAUUUAUCCUAAUUAUCUUAUUUAACUUCCUAACUAUUUCCACUAUGUAUUGUAAAUUCCACGCUUUCAUUUCAUGUUUGUGAAUUUUGUGAAUAAACAGCUUUGUUAUU